GAGCAAAGUCUAUCAGGACAGUCUUAUCAGUCAUCGCCCACAUCCGUGCCUUGCACACUUUCACUUUUGUCAACAGAUUCUUUCACUCGAGCCAAGUUUGACAAGAAGAGCACAACAAUUUCCUCCGGAAUUAAAUUAUGAGAGUGGAUCUUUUCAAGAAAAGCAAAAGAGCAAUUCAUGGCUACUGCACGAGAAAGUAGCUUUACUGUAAAUCAAAGGCCUUACUAAUUUGCUUUCUAUACAGCAAAGAUUUAGAGCUCUAGUAGGCGACGGGGCUUCUUCUUUUGAGUAGUCCCCAUCUUGCAGUGGGUAGCGCGCGUCUGACGAAGCCCUAUUUGCGCUCGCUCACCCACCCGCAGCAGCAAUACCAAGCUUCUCCAGGGCCGAACAGGUACGGAAGGCCACUCUGCUCUCCUCUCAGCAUGUGGGUGAAGGAGCGGCCGCAGUGCUACUUUGACGUGGAGAUCAACCGAGAGCCAGUUGGGCGCAUUGUGUUUCAGCUGUUCUCUGAUAUCUGUCCUAAGACCAGCAAGAACUUCCGCUGCUUGUGCACUGGUGAAAAAGGAACCAGCAAAGCGACAGGGAAAAAGCUCUGCUAUAAAGGUUCCACUUUCCACCGCAUCGUCAAGAACUUCAUGAUACAAGGUGGAGACUUCACCGAGGGCAAUGGCCGAGGCGGGGAGUCGAUAUACGGGGGCUAUUUUGAAGAUGAGAACUUUAUUCUCAAACACGACAAGGCCUUCCUGUUGUCGAUGGCCAAUCGUGGCAAGGACACCAACGGCUCCCAGUUCUUCAUCACUACAAAGACGGCGGCUCACCUGGAUGGGGUUCACGUGGUGUUCGGGGUGGUGAUCUCUGGGUUCGAGGUGAUCCGGAACAUCGAGAGCCUGAAAACGGACUCAGCCAGCCGGCCCUAUGCAGACGUCAGGGUGGUUGACUGCGGACAACUAAUCACCAAAUCUGCUAACGAUGUCCUCAGAGGCAAGAGGAAAAGGAGUGCGUUGCAGUCGGCUGACUCCUCUCUCAGUUCCUCCGAGUCUCCAUCCAGCUUCUCCUCGGAGGAGUCGGCAGGGGAGGAGGAGGAGAGAAGGAGGCGCAGGCACCACCACCGCAGGAGAAGGGGGGGCAAGAGCAAGCACUCCAGGAAGAAGAAGAGGGGAUCGCGGAGGAGAGAGACGGGAGCUGAAACCGGACCCUCAGAUCUAAACAGGCCUGUUGAACAACAGGAGGCACAGCAGGAAGAGCAGCCACUGCCCCAGCAACAUCCACAGGAAGUGGAGGAUGAAGACGGAGAUAAGGAGCAGAGCGUGCGGAGGGAGAAGCCCGUGGUCCGGCCCGAGGAGAUCCCGCCGGUCCCGGAGAACCGUUUUCUGCUGCGGAGGGACGCUUCGGUUCCGGAGCAGAACCCAAACAUGUCAGUCCCAGCUUUGCAUUCCGCCAGGGAGAACAUAAGUACUGAGGCAGAGAUUGCUGCUGCUACAUCGGUAGACCUCUUAAAACCAACCGUCACCAAGUCUGGGAGGAAGAUCAAGGGCAGGGGAACGAUGCGAUACCACACACCCCCUGGCCUGAAGUCUGGCUCGGAGUCGGAGGAUGCUCGGGGGAGCAGCGAGACUCCCCCACACUGGAAAGAGGAGAUGCAGCGGCUGAAGAGCUACCAGGAGCCCAGUGUGGAGAAGUGGAGCAAAGAAGACAGAUGGGAUGACCCAGGUGCCAGCCCCUGGUCUAGGUCAAGAUCAGUUGAGCAGUCACAAGGUCACGGAUCAAACCACUCCAGCCCGUCCCGCCAUCACAGAAAAGAACGGAAGAAAUCCAAGCACAAGAAAAAGAACAAGAAACACAAGCAUUCAAAAAGGCACAAGAGCUCGAAGCACAGGCCAAAGGGCUCACCGUUGUCUGAUGGGGAGAGGUCAAAGGUGACGACCCUUGCGGAGAGGAGGUCACGCUCACCAUCUUCCUCCAGGGGCUCCCUCAGGAGACGCUGGUCAGGAUCGGACAGGAAGGGUCGCUGGACCGCCUCGUCUCGUAACUCAAGAUCUUAUUCCCGCUCCAGAAGCAGGUCCUACUCUCGCAGCUACUCCAGGUCACCCAGGAAGGCAAGGUCGUCUUCUAGGUCAAGGAGCUGGACGCGCUCCAGGAGCCGCUCAGUGUCCAGAGGCAGGCCGAGGUCUAGGUCACGGACAAGGUCUUAUUCACUGUCGAGAUCAAGGAGUAGGUCGUCGUCUCGCUCGAGGUCCAGAAGCAGGACGAGGUCACGAUCCAGGUCGGACAGCAGGUCCAGAUACAGAGGCAGGCCGAGGAGACGGCAGGCCUCCAGAUCUCCUCGUAAGGGAAAGUUAAUCGACAGCACGAAACCCAAGACUGUUCCGCUGCAGCAGGUUGUUCAAAGCACAGAACUGAAAGCCCCAGCCGCCUCCUCCGCGUCCGAGAGUGCUCCAGUGCUCCCUCUCAGCGACAGCCCACCGCCAUCUCGCUGGAAACCAGGACAGAAACCGUGGAAACCAUCGUAUGUCCGCGUCCAGGAGAUCAAAGAGAAGACCAAACCACCCACGGUGCAAACUGGUGUAUUUGCAAACUCAGCCUUACAGAAGCAGCUUGCGUCCACAGGGCUGCCUGUGAUGCAGAAGGUUCAGGGACCCCUGGGGCAGCACAAGGGCCGGGGCCCCCGGAGCCCCUAUCGCCACUCCCGUAGUGCCUCCUCCAGCAGCCGCUCUCGCAGCCGCUCGUACAGCCGCUCUCACAGCAGGGGGCGCUCUAGAUCCUCGCUGCACUCUUCCGGUCGCUACGAUAGCCGGUCCUCGUCAUACAGCCGCUCGGACUCAUACGACUCACCCAGACGAGGAAGCUCAAAGAGAUUACCCUCGGAGCACCAGGCUAGAAAACGCCCCCACUCCCCGUUAGAGCAUCAGACGAGAAAACACCCCCACGGAUCCCUAAAGGUCGGCCACAACGACGCCAAGUACAUGCUUCCCAGUGCAGGUCAGGAGUAUGUGGCGGCACCAUACAGAGGUGAUGGGGAUAGCAUCCUUAGAGAUUCUGUUUACAAUCAGAACGGGUCCAAGGGGCAGAAAGAAGUGAUCGCUGCGUCACCCUAUGGUAGCGGAAUGCUCCAACGUCCAAAGCUUCCACUUGCAGAGGAAUCCAAAAGCACGUCUACUUGGGAAGGAUCCACCGACGUUCCUGAGACAAAGCAGGUGCCCUCUUUCCACGAAAGGCAUCCGUCGGGCGGCUGGGACUCAGACAGUGAUUCUGACGAGCCGCUGAUCAAGCAGAAGUUUUUGAAACGCGUAUCUGACAAAGAGGAAGGCGAGGCUACGUCUGAGUCUGAUGGCGUUGGCCACCUCUCACCAGCACAGAAACCCCAAAACAUGCACCAAGAAAUGCCUCAUCUUCUAGCUCCUGCCAUGUCAAGAGAACCGAUGGGUGAACACCAGACUCAGGACGAGCGUUCCGGAGGAGCAGACAAACACAAGUCCAAGAAAGCCAAGCGGAAACACAAGCACAAGAGGAGAAGCUCUGUGAAGUCUGGAAACCAGCACUCGAAAUCCAAAACGAAACGGUCGAAGAAGAAGCACCAAAAGCCGACGAAAGAGACAUUCCACUGGCAGCCUCCUCUAGAGUUCGGAGAGGAAGGAGAGGAGGACGACACUCUGGUGCAAGGGAAGAAUGCCAAGCGGGGCAGACGGGGCGCCAUGGCAGAAGCUUUCAAACCACAAGAGAAGCCCAAGGAUCCACAAGAGAGAGGCUACUCUUCCUCUCAGGAUACGCCCAUGUCAGCAAAAGAUGAGGAUGACUCAAUAAAAAGGGGAAAGUCGAGCCACAGCCACAGGAGCCCAGCACAGCACCAGGCCCACCUCACCAGCGACGUCAGGAGCGCCAAUGGAGGAGCACAACACCACAAGGGGGCGCCAGAGCAUCAGCAGCAGGAAGAAGAAGAUGAUGACCACAUGGAGAUCUGCACCCCUGACCAUCAGACCGUUCCGGAAAUCAUCACCGAGCCCUCGGGGCACAUCGUCGUGGAAAUGACGCACAAGCUGACCAAAGGCACGGAGAAGGAGAAGGACCAACCCACGUCAACGGAGGCGCAUCAGCAGGGGGGCCCAGCAGACAGCCAAGCACCCAGCAGCAUCUUGGAGGACCAAGUGCUUGACCCCAAGUGGAAGCCGCUGAAGGGCAUCACAGCACAGCAGGCCGCCAGUGUCAUGUCCACUGUCCUCAGGUCCCACAGGUCCUCGGGCCACCUGGAGGGCAAGGCGUCCGGGCUGAAAAUCGAGAUAAAGAGCAAGAGCCGAGUACGUCCGGGCUCCCUGUUCGAUGAGGUGCGCAAGACGGCGCGUCUGAACCAGCGGCCUCGCAACCAGGACAGUUCCAGCGAUGAGCGGUCUAAUUCGGAGACCGAGGACCGGCCUGGCAGCCGCAGCAGGUCCGGCGGUUCCAAAUCGCGCUCGGCGUCACGCCACCGCUCUCACUCCAGGGGGCGCUCACACUCCUACUCACGCAGCAGGUCCCGGAGCUCCAGCUACUCAUCCAGGAGUUACAGUCGCAGUCGCAGCAGGAGAAGAUACAGCAGGGGGCGUCCUCGCUCCAGAAGCAGCACAUACAGGAGUUACCGCAGUCGCUCGUACAGCAGGAGUCACUCCAGAAGCUACUCCCCUCGCAGGAGGGCCAGGUCCCACUCGUACAGCUCCUCCAGUCGCAGUAGAAGUCGCAGCACCAACAGAGGGCGACGCAGAGGAAGGAGCAGGUCUUACCGAUCGUACAGUAGAAGCUCCUCCAGACACAGUCACAGCAGCAGAUACAGCUAAAACACACACACACACACACUCACUCACACACACACACACACACACACACACACACACACACACACACACACACACACACACACACACACACACACACACACACACACACAGGGUGCCAAUGUGGUGGUCAGUAGAGCUCUUCUUCCUGCAGUAAGCUCAUCAGUGUCCUAUGCUUCAUUUAUACAACACCUUGAAUGUGAAUAUUAAAAUCUCUUUUACAAUAUCAAGAAUGUUAAAUAAGAUCAUAAUAAAUAACUAUCUUUUUUAUAUACA